CAGAGCAAGAGUGGAAAAGAAACACGCGAGUCUUUGGGAUGUUGAUCGUUGUGUGGACUAACCAAAAUACUGUGAUUUGCGAUGGAGUUUAAUAAUAGACAAUUAUGUAGCCUGUUGUGUAUACGAAUUUUGCAACUUGUUAAUUAUAAUUUAUAAGAAUGUAACAAGUUGUACUAUAAGAAAAAGCACAGCAAGCUCAUUCAGCUGCUUUUCCGCAUUUCAUAUAUUAAUAAUAAUCGUAAAUGAGAAAUGUCGCAGUCCACGACCCCCCAAAAGGGCAAUUUGACAGGAAGUGGCAGGAAAUUAAAGGACGACGCCGCAGACUGGCAUAAUCUCAUCCUGAAAUGGGAGAGAUUAAACGACGAGGGAUCCACGACUGCGACUAAAAUAGUUAACCUGGGACUGAAUAAGAAGUCACACGCCGAGUCUGAAGUUGUGAUGGAAGGAGGCAGUUUGUCCUCUGGAGAUCUUGCAGAAAACCUGACGAAGAGCAACCAGGAGCUCGAGGAGGAAUGUGGGAAGUUGAAAGAUGUCGUGGAUAAAAUGGCAAACAUAGUGUCAAAGAUGGAGAAGAUGGUCCAGGCUGAGCGCGGGAUCUGUGAGCUGGAAGCCUUUCAGUUUGGAGAGAAAGGAAGACCAGAACCACUCUUUCACUCAUGGUCCACUAAACAGUUUGCUGAAGUAUCUUCCCAGCUCUUUGACUCAUACAAGCAGGAGUUGGCGUUGAAAAAGACUGUAUUACAGGAAUUAGCCCACACGGCUAAUGCUGAUCUGUCAAUGGUCUACCUGUCAUCUUGGCUUUAUCAGCCCUACAUUGAUGACAGUGGAAAACUGCUCCUAGAGAGCCUGUUAUUGGAAACCGGUCACAGACCUUUGUGAUUUAGUAUAUGUGUGCAAAUUAAAGGCAUAUAGUGGUGUACAUGUAUCUUGGAUUUAAUCUGUAUAUCCUCCUUUCUCCAAAAAAUAAAAUGCUGUUUUUCUACUGUA